CGGUGACGUGUGCGCUGCGGAGGUGCAUGUUAUGGGUAGUUUGACGCUCUUGAUUUCGCUGUAUAUUUCACCAGGUACGACAACCAAGCAGAAGAAAUUCUUUUUGGCGCGGAACCUUAUAAUGUACGCGACAAUGAGCAUGCCCAUAGUUGUUACCGGCGACUUCAACAUUGAUGUAUCAAAAGAGGAGAAUGCUGAGUUCAUCGACUUCAUGAAGCAGUACCUCUUCUUGGAUUUGGUAUCGGACCCUUCGCAAUCAACCACUCUUGGUGGAACAUGCUUGGAUCUUACAUUCACGCGAAAUAUUGGUGCGGACUGUAGGAGAUAUUGUUCUUACUUUUCAUAUCAUCGACCAAUACUUUCGAUACUUGCUGCGCCGUCUGAAUCUCAGUUAGAAUGAGAUGUGGUCGUCAUCAUCAACUAUCCGCAGCCAAUCCCAUGCCAAAUUCGUUUGUUG